AUGGUCCGAAACCCUCAAGCCAGGAUAUCACAGAGAAUCAAAACGCGCUUCUUCGCCAAUGUCCUGUCUGCGAUGAGCAUGGAUCAUCCAUACCUUCUCCAGGGAAUACUAUACAUCUACAUCACCGUGCAAAUGCAGCAAUCACACUCUUCGUCCCCGCAGUCACACCCAAAGCAUGGUUUCGAGACGGUCUUGAUGGGUUUCUUGAUGGACGACCCAGAGGCAGAGGACGGAAGAGUCCAGUUGACGGGCGAGGAGAAGGACGAAGCGGCCAUUUUCCAGUGGACGGCGUAG